AUGGUGCAGGUAGUACGCCGAGCCGGGCCAGAACCCGGUCUUCUGCAUAUCCCCCACAAACGCGUCGAACAACUCGGCAGGCAGCACCGGCGGCCCCGUCUGGUCCACGGCGGGGGGCUUAGGCAGGCCACCCAGCCAGCCGGACUUGCGGACGGAGGCCAUCAUAGCAUUGAAGCGGGUAGACGGAGCGCCGCGGGGCUGGAGGCACAUCUUGCAGAAGCCCGCGACAUCCGAGUCCAUCCAGGCGAUGGUCUUUUCAAAGUUCUCCUCGUAGUUCUUCAUGUAGUCCCACUGGCCGAACUCGUACUGGUCGGCCGGGUACAGCGCGCGGUUGACGAGGGGCAGGAAGCCCGGCCAGCCGCGCUCGAUGGUGUGGAACGGCACGCAGAGGUUGACGAGCGCCUUGACGGCGUGCGGGUGCUGCGUCGCGACGGACGAGGUCACGCCCGCGCCCCAGUCGUGGCCGACCCAGAUCGCGGCGUCGCGGCCUGUGUCGCCCAGCAGGGCCAUCAUGCCCGCGACGAUGGCCUCCUGGCAGUAGUCGUCGGCGACGCGGCGGGCGGUCGAUUGCCCGUACCCCGGCAUGUCGGGGGCGACGACGCGGAAGCCCACGGAUGCGAAGGCUUCGAUCGCGGCCUUCCAGGUGAUGGCUGUGGCGGGCCAGCCAUGGACGAAGAUGAUCAGGGGGCCGAUGGCCGGGCCUGCGGCGAGGUAGUGGAUGGUUUUUUCGUCGGCGUAGGCGACACUGUGGUCGGUGAUGGUCACCAUGAUGCCGGUUGCGAGAUUGGAGGGGAGAUCGGUUCGCUAUUCACCUUUUUUAUUGCUGGAGGUGGGGUAUAG